GCUUCUUGCUCGACGAUACCGACCAAAGCGUCAUGGAGGCGGCGCUGUCUCUUGUAGACGAAUUUUCAGGUGGUACAUUAGGCGCUGAAGACCCUUUCACAGCGUCCACAGCUCGAGCACCGCAGGAAGACUGCGCCCAACCUGAAAUAAUGCGGCGCAACCAGGUCAACGAAAGAAAGAAAAUACUGCGCGCUGCGGGCGUCUACGGCAACUCGAACCACAUUGACCUAGAGGUACUCAAAAGGAAGAAGGGUGGAGGCAACACCAGAACGAGAACUAGGGCCGCUAGACUUGCAAGGUGACGUGGCAAACGGUCUGAACAAUAUGGUCGUGACUCGAAGUGAUGUCCAAGUAAGAGACGGAGCAGGCGGCAAGUAUGUUGAGUUGUUUUUCAACAAGGUGCUACCAUUCAAGCUGCAAGACGCAAGGGAAGCUACGUGGGAACACUUUCGCGGAUCCGAGAAGCACAUGGGCAAUGGCAGCGUGUACAAGAAGACAGCACAGGACGCUAAUGCGCCCUGCACAAUUCUCGAAGAUUUCACGAAGGAGAUGCACUCCAACAGUGCUCGGGCAGAUGCAAGAAUGAAGCAAGUCGUUAGGCGUCAUGUUGAACCCAACCGCGACGUUGUUAUUGCUGUCGUGAGCGUCAACCCGGCCGAAGUGAGGAACAAGAGGCUCUGUGGGUUGAGAUACCAAGUGCGAAGCUACGCAGUGACCAAGUGGUCUGCUGCAUCAACACCUGAGCACGAGGUGUCUCAGCUGCAGUGCUGCUCACUUAUUUCAUUCGACGAGGAGACGGAGGCGAAGCUCGGAUCUGAUGCUAUUCAAGCCCUUAUUAAUUUUCUUAUCGUCAGCUUAGCUGCCAAGAUGCAAGGACACCAGGAUUGCAUCGAAAACGCUCUCAUGGACCAUGCCCUCCUACCACAGCAAGUUUUAUGA